AUGAUUUUUGCACCAGCCCUGAAUGAGGUGGCUGGAAUUAGAUUUGUGGUUAAUGGGAAGUUUUCAACUUUUCUGCAGGCUGCAGAUACCCUAGCGGUGCGGCAGAAACGACGAAUAUACGAUAUCACAAAUGUCCUGGAAGGCAUUGGACUGAUCGAGAAGAAAUCGAAGAACAGUAUCCAAUGGAAAGGGGUGGGUCCUGGCUGCAACACACGUGAAAUAGCUCACAAACUCAUUGAGCUGAAGGCAGACAUAGAAGACUUGGAGCAGCGGGAACAGGAGCUGGAGCAGCAGAAGAUGUGGGUCCAACAGAGCAUCAAAAAUGUUACAGAAGACGUGCAGAACAGUCGAUUAGCGUAUGUGACGCAUGAAGAUAUCUGCAAGUGCUUCACAGGAGACACCCUCCUUGCAAUUCGAGCCCCAUCAGGCACACGUUUAGAGGUUCCCAUUCCUGAGGGCAUAAAUGGACAGAAGAAAUAUCAGAUCCAUCUGAAGAGCACAAGUGGUCCAAUUGAUGUCCUCUUAGUAAACAAAGAUGCUUGGAGCUCCCCUCCUGUAGUGCUACCUGUCCCUCCCCCCGAAGACCUCAUUCAGUGCCAGCCAGCUGUGCCCUCAAAACCACAGAUACCACUGCUUGCCCACUUCCAGGAGGCGUCUGUUCCUAGCAGCACCCAGCCCUCCACACCAACACCUACCAGCACUCAGGACCACAGUCCUCCUGCACAGAAAGCUACUAGCGCAGAAUGCAGUGUCUCAGUGGCAGAGUCCAAAAACAGUGGUGACUUUGACCCUCUUGACUCUAUGUCUGCACUGGCCAGCCAGCCAGCUGAGUUAGAUACCCAGCCACUACAGUCUUCUGCCUCACUGGACAGUGGCUCCGUCCUACCCAAUCCCUCUACCUCCUUUGAGCCGAUCAAGCCGGAUCCCACAGGAGUACUGGAGCUUCCCAAAGAGCUGUCGGAGAUGUUUGAUCCAACGAGAGAAUGUAUGAACUCUGAGCUACUGGAAGAGCUGAUGUCAUCUGAAGUGUUUGCCCCAUUGCUCCGCCUCUCCCCUCCUCCUGGAGAUCAUGACUACAUCUAUAACCUGGAUGAGAGCGAAGGCGUCUGUGACCUCUUUGACGUGCCUGUCCUCAACCUCUGACUUUUCAGUGCGGCUGUGAGCCUCGCAAAGACAGACCAUUUUGUAACUCUUUGGAAAGUAUCUAUUUUUGGAUUCCUUUUGUGCUAGAGCUCGAUGAGUGAGCGAUUCAGAGAUGCUCUCAUAUGGACUCAAAACCAAGAGAUGUGGACUUGCAGGCCGGGAGCCUCCCUGUAGCUUCUUUCUCUCCGUGUUGCACAUGCAAGGUCUUUUGACUUAAUUUGUUCUGCUGCAUCUCUGUCUCUCCAUUGGAUUCUGGGCCUCACUUCAAAGAGUCUGUGUUUGAGUGUUCCCAGUUCAGCUGUAGAGUUUGCCCAUGUGCCUCCAAGUUUCCUCAGAUCUGCAUGCCUUGGAUUUCCUGCAACCCUAGAUGCACUUUGCACCUCCUAGGUACCAGCUGCUACAAGGAGCCUUUGUAUUGUGGUCGGUUCACAAGCCCGGAGGUAGUUAGCUAGA